ACCCUCUUGUUGAGCAAUACACUGUCUAACCAGAAACCAGUUUUUCUUCCAGAAAAAAUGCUUUAAGGAAACAUUUCCCAAAAAAAGUACUAUAAAUAUGACCAAAAAACGCAGUUGGCUUCAGACUUCAACUGAAGACAUUACCAGACAACUUCUGAACAUAACGAAUACACACAAGGACCCCAGUCAUGGCAUCAGAGACCAUUGAAGUGGCAGCUCUGGGAAGACCUCUGUAUCCUGGUAUGCUGUAUGACUGCCGCAAGGAUGCCUUCAUUCCAGGUGUUACUCUGUGGGAUAAGAAGUUACUGAGUGAAGAUUUGGACAGUCAUCCACAGCCCAUGACAGAUUUGAAGUUCAGCAGCUCCGACUCUCUCUCUAGUAAGUCCAGUCUCCUGGAUGUAAGCGCUUCCCUGAAGGCCAGCUUCUUGGGAGGACUGGUGGAGGUGGGAGGAUCUGCCAAAUACCUGCGUGACACCAAAUCCUCAAACCAACAGUCCAGAGUUACAAUGAAUUACAGUGAAACCACCAGAUUUGACCAGCUCACCAUGACCCAGCUGGGCUCAGCUCAUAUCACCUAUCCUGAGGUGUUUGACCAGAAAACUGCGACUCAUGUGGUCACGGGUGUAACGUACGGAGCUCAGGCCGUCAUGGUGUUUGAUCGGACAUUUUCAGAAGAGGAAAACAAGCAGGAGAUUGAGGGAGAAAUGAAUAUCAUGGUCAACGCCUUCCCUGAAUUUUCUAUGACGGGAGAAGGACAUAUAAAUAUGACAGAUGUUGAAAAGAAAAUGGCUGAGAGCAUCACAUGCACAUUUUAUGGUGACUUCCGCCUUGAGGAAAAUCCCACCACUUUCAUGGAGGCCCUGGAUGUGUACAAGAAGCUCCCCGUUCACCUGAAGGAGAAUCCAGAUAAUGCAGUUCCAAUAAAAGUCUCUCUCUAUCCUCUUUGUCUUCUGAAUUCAAAAGCAGCUCAGUUGGUGAGAGAAAUCACCACACUUCUGGUUUCCAGCACUGAAGAUAUAAUAGAGGGGCUGUUAGAGGCAGAGAGGACAUGCAACGAUCUCUCCAGAAAACCACUGGUUAAUGUUUUCAAAGACAUCAAAGAGAGGCUCAGUUCAUUUCAGGACUGUCUUAACAUUUACAAAACUGUGUUGCUGAAAGCAGUGGCCAAGGUCUUGCCUGCUAUACGAGGAGGAGAGAAGGAGGAGAAGUCACUGGAAGACAUCCUGAAGAUCCACUACAGCUCCCCUUUUAUAGCUGACAUGCUUAACCAGUGGUUAGAUCAGGCAAAGUCUGAACUUAACCUCUUGAGUUCUCAAACCAAGAUGCUGGAGGGAAUCAAAACUGAAGAUGCAGACAGUCUCAACAUCCUCCUCCUUAAUCCUGAUAUUGAUGUUGUGGUGUGCUUGACCUUCACAUCUCUGAAGUAUGAAGACCCGUAUCUUUCAACCCUGAAGAAGUUUCUGGAAUCUGACGAGUUUAAAAAGCUAGAUGAGGGAAUGAAACAGUGUUCUCGCACAUUAGCAUUAGAAGUGUGGUUCAACAAACCUGGUGUCAUCUUAAAGAUGAGAGAGAACUUAUCUCUUUUCAGAAGUUUUUCUGAGGCUAACAAAGAUGAAAAGAGAUACCAAUUCAUUUUAUCUGCCAUCUCCAAUCCAUCCAGUCCAGGCUCCUCCAUCUAUCUGUAUGAAAAAGGGCAGCUGACAGACACACAGUUCCAGCCCGUGUCGAAGCCUCCCCCUCCAGAAGUGAAGGAAGUGAAGGAGCGCAGUGUGUCCCUGAAACUGCAGAAGUCCCCGACUGGAGAAACUGUGCAGUACAGAGUGGAGUACAAGCCGGUGAAAGCAGAUUCUGGCUCUGAGGAACAGUGGCUUGUCAGAAACACACCUGAUGAAGACUUUACUCUGACUGGAUUGGAGUUUGAAAAGCAGUACUUGAUCCGCUACAGGAUUGUGGGUAAAGUGGGAGUGAGUGAAGCCAGUGACACUAUCAGCCCCAGCCCCAUAGACACUGAUCCCAGCACCAGAGACGACUUCCUACAAUAUUCCCAUCGGAUCACUGCGGAUCCGAACACAGUGAGUGAACUCCUCCUUCUGUCUGAGAACAACACAGUGAUUACAUUCACUGACAAACGUCAGUCGUAUCCUGAUAAUCCAGACAGAUUUGAUGUUCCUCAGGUGUUGUGUAGAGAGAGUGUGUGUGAUCGACGCUGUUACUGGGAGAUUAAGUGGAGUGGGACAUAUGUGUCUAUAUCAGUGUCAUAUAAGAGCAUCAGCAGGAAGGGAUCGGGUGAUGAGUGUUGGUUUGGAGCUAAUGAUCAGUCCUGGAGUUUUAUCUGCUAUCCUGACAGUUACUCAUUCAGACACAAUAACAUAAAGACUGAUCUCCCUGUAAAGCCCGUCAGCAGUAGAACAGUGAAUGGUGUGGAUUACUAUAGAGUAGGAGUGUAUGUGGAUCAGAGAGCAGGAACUCUGUCCUUCUACAGCGUCUCUGGAGACACAAUGAUCCUCAUCCACACAGUCCAGAUCACAUUCACUCAACCGCUCUAUCCUGGGUUUUGGGUUUAUGUUAAUGGAUCAUCAGUGAAACUGUGUUGAUGAAUCAGAACAGACUGUAGAGAUUCUACCCAUAAUGCUUUGAGCUCAUGAUAAAUCAGUGACUGUCACACACUGGCUUGACUAGAUAAUCCAAGAUCAUAGGUUUGACACAGAAAGACGAUGAACACUAAUAUUUAAUAAACACUAGCAGGAAAUGUUAACACAAGAAAAUAAACAUAAGAUGAGGGUUUAAAUACACCAGUUAAUAAGAGACUGAUGGCAGGGGAACGGGGAGAUGUUUAAGGUUAGAGAUGAGAAACUAUUAAGAAACAAUACUAUAUAAAACACGUCAACACUCUGGGAAACAAGCAUUUCGCUGAGACAAAAAAAAAAAAAAAAAAAAAAAAAAAAACUUUAAACAAAUAAAAAGUAUAAAACUUUUUUCUUCAUUAUACUUCCAUGAGAUUUCCGUGCUCCACUUUUAAGUCACAUGUCCACAACAUACAGAUCCCAGCAUAAAAACUAAUACAGUAUUUGUUAUUAAAGUAUCAACAUCAUUCAGAAACAUUAAAGCAAGCACAGAUUGACAUGACGAGCACUUACUUUAUGAUCACAAGAUGACCGUUUAUUUCAUCUUAUUGUUCCUUAAAAAAUACAGCAUUUUUAUAUUUAAAGUGUUUAUUACAAACAAAUUAUUAAAUGAUAAAAAAUGAAUAAAUGUAACUGAACUAAAAUUUGCGUUGCAUUUACUGUCCUGUGAAAACUGCAGCUUCCCCAGAACCCCUGAUGGUGAGAAGUUGUCAUGGUUACAGACACUGUUACUAUGGAAAUGAAAACACAGGAAGCAGGAACUAAACCACAGGAACUGAAAAACAGACACAACAAGACAAAGAGAUUUCAAAAUAAGAGUCCAUGAAGACAGACAUACGAGUUAUCAUGACAGUGACAGUCAGAUAUUAUAUUAUUGUGUUAUAGAGUCUCUUCAUUACAUUACUGUGUGUGUGUGUGUGUGUGUGUGUGAUAAAUCCUCACAUAGAUCAGUGUGUGUGAUCAUCAUGAGCGACGGUGUGUAUAUGAGCUUUUCUCAAACUCUGUUUUAUUAUUAUGUCACAUCAAUCAUUUAUAAUGUGUGUAGAAUUGAGAUUUGUUCAGCAUAUUUUAAUCCAGGAGUAUUUUAGGGGUUCAAGCGCUGAAGCUGCUGCAUCAUUAUUGUGUUUGUACUGUUUUAUCAAUUAUUGUUUUCUGUUUUAAACAUGUUUGGGUGUCAGAAACUGUACUUUAUAGAGUAAAUAAAUUAAAAUUGUCUAAACUGUUGGUCUAAUUUACUCAUGACAAUAUAUAUAGAUAAAAUUCAGACAAUUUAAUAUGCCACUAGAAACAACUAUAAAAUUAUAUCUAUUUCAGGACGUCAGUGUACAAAGUCUAUUUUAGGCCAGAAGUGUCUCAGUUUUGGUUCAAGGUUAAAGAGAGAUGCUAUAUGUUUGGAUUUAUAUGUGAGACACAAAAUAUCCUCACUAAUAUAGUGUUUAAACUCCAAAUGUUUGAACAUGUUUGUAGUUAUUAUCAGUUCUUCAGCUCGUGUCGUUCAGACUUCAGUACAGAUCCCAGUUUAUCCCGCCGGUGUAAUUCAUUAUUGAUCUGUGUUUGUUUAGGGUUCGAGAUGAACUAUAUAGUCUGAGCAAAA